AUGACACAAAUGUCUAGUAUCACUCAGAAAUACCAGUUAUCAGUGGUCUCAGGUGGGAGACCAAUUCUACCAGGUGUCAAUAAUGGGACCUCAUGCGAGAAGAACAUAUCGAUACUGACUCACGAUCAACAAGGAUUGAUUGUUCCUUUCAAUAACCAAAUCAGAAUAUAUUCGUUGGAAACUAGACAAUGUAUCAAGACAUUGAAAUAUGCUAAUAGCCCCGUAUUGGCUACCAUAUUUGAUAACAAGAAAUUGACUCAAAGGAUCAAUAUUACUGGGAUUAUGUUAGGCGAUGUCACUGGAGAGGACCCUACUAUGAGACAACAAGAAAAAUUCAUUACUAUUUUCACUAAUUUAGGUCAAGUGAUUGUAUUGAAUUAUAAAGGUAAAUUAACAGAUUCUCCAAAAUUAUACCAAUUGGAAUUGGAUUCCGAAAAGGAUGAAAAGUUGUUGAAAGCAUUUGAUAAUGGUAAAGACCAACUAAGAGUAAUGACUACUUUAUCAAGUAAUGGAUCUUUAUUUGAUUAUAAAUUAUCUACAUUGAAAUUCCCUAAGGAAUCUACAGACGCUGUCAAAUUAAUUGAAUCAGAAACAUACAACAAUGUUUUAUUAUCGGCUUCCUCUAAGGAUGAAAACGUUUUCGCAUUACUUUACAAAGACACCAAUGAUAAUAACCAAAGACAUAUUCUUGUCGAAUCUAUUUUCAGCAAAGCAUUGAAAAAGGAUAUUGCCCUGGAAUCAGUAUUGCAUAUCUCUCAAAAUACCAAAAAUAAUCAAAAUGUUAAUGCAAGAUUUGUUUCCACCAUGGCUAUUGACAAUUCUGCCACUCAAUUGGCAUUGGGUUUCGCAUCCGGUGUCAUCAGUAUUAUCAAUUUAUCGGAUUUACAAAGCAGAUUACUGAAAUGGCAUAUCGAUUCUGUAUUAUCAUUAUGUUUCACAGAUGACGGUUCUUAUUUAUUAUCUGGUGGUUGGGAAAAAGUCUUGCUAUUCUGGCAAUUAUCUACUAAUACACAACAAUUUUUACCACGUUUGAAUGGUGUCGUUGUGGAUAUCCAAAAUGAAGGGAAAUUCUAUACUUUAUCAUUGCAAAUGACAGAGAAUCAAUCCAGUUCCGAUUAUGAAUUAGUGGUGUUGAAUUCAGCAGAUUUGACCUCCAAAUUAUCAGUGACAGGUCCUUUACCAAUAUUUACAUCUCCUAUAAGAGACACAAUACAACCAACCUCAGUCAUAAAAUCAAACACUCAAAUCAAUAUCUCGAAGAAGAAGCAUAAAAGAAAGCUUUUAAAAUCAGCAAGACAAGAUUUUACUACUAUUAUAGAGAUGAAUCCACAAACUAAACAAUUAUACAUCCCACAUUUAUCAGCAUUACAAACAUUUGAUUUCUUUAAGAAUGAACAAACUUGUUUACAAUAUUUAACUGAUGGUAUGAAUAACACCAUGGGUAAAGUUAGAGAAGAAUUGAGUAUUCGUGACCCUGAAGUUCAAAAUAUUAAAGUUACCAACGACGGUAAUUGGUUGAUUAGUUACGAGGUUGACUUCCCUCCAGAAGACUUAAUGUCAUCUAAGGAUAUAUCUCACAUAUUGAAAUUCUGGACUCACGAUGAGGCCGAUCCAAACCAAUGGGUUUUGAGAACAAAAGUAUUGAACCCACAUGGUCGUAGCACCCCAAUUACAAACAUCAAAGUUGCACCAUUAUCUGUUGAUGGUGGGGUUGGUUGUAUCACUACUGAUAACAAUGGUGGUAUGAAAUACUGGGCAUUUGACAACACUGAGAAGAAUUGGUGUUUGAAGAAAUUACUGAUCCCAAAUUUCACCAACUUCAGCAAUUCUGUAUCAUUAGGUUGGUCUAGAGAUGGUAGUUUAGUAUUCCAUGGGUUUGGUGAUAAAUUACAAAUCAUUGAUUUCGAUAAUUUCAAAAGAGUAGACUUCAAUGAUAAUGAUAACAAUGAUGUGAGUAUGACUGCUGAAUUUAGUAUGGAUUCCGAGAUCCAAGCCGUCAAAAUGAUUGGUGAAAAGAAUUUAAUAAUAGCCACUAAGACUAGUCUAAAUGUUAUAGAUUUACUGUUGGGUAAGAUUAUUAAUGGAUUCGAUUUAUACCCAUACGUGAACGGUGUCUAUAAGAAUGGACACUUGGAUAGGUUGAUCAGUUGUGAUGACAAGAGUGAGAAGAUGGCUAUUGUCAUCAAUGAACAAGUUAAGGAUGACGAAGGGAAGAAUACAUUAGAUUAUAAAUCUCAUAUCAUUGUGUUUAAUUCUGAUUUAUCCCAAAAAUUGGAUUCUUUCACACAUGACGAAUACAUUUCCUGGAUCAGUUGGAAUCACGAUACAGAUUUCAUCUUUGUUGAUAUACAAUCUAGAUUCGGUAUUGUAGGAACCACGGUGAAUACCGAAAUGGCCGACGAGACCAAUAGAGAGGAUAUAUUGGACGGAAUAGCGAACAACAGCACCAACGGUACUAGCAACAACAACGGUAAUAAUAAUAAUAAUAAUAGUAUAAAUGUUGUCGAGCAAUCUGCUGAACAAACUUUAUCUACAUCAGACUCCUACUUGACCAAAUUAAAAGAAUUAUCCCACAAAAAAAGUAAUAUAAGCAUAAACGGGAAGACUAAUCAAAUUGAAGCAAAUAGCGAUGCCAUGGAGAUCGAAGAAGAAAUCAUUAGUGGGAACCGUAGUAACGAUAUGGGUAUCAAUAUGAAUAGUUUCACCAACAUGUUCGAGAACAUCCAGAACGUUCCAAUGGAUACUUUGUUCGACAGUGUCAUGAAAGCAUUAUCAUAG